GCAGCUCAGCUCGAGAAAAUUAUUUUUUUUCAACUUAUUUUUGCGGACAGCAUGUUACAGAUCGAUGACAGUAAGGCACGGAAGGCUUUUAAAGCAUUGUACAAACAUGAACAACAAAAGAAGGACGACAACGUAGUUGAACCAGUUUGGUUGACGAUCGCAACUCAAAAGAACAUUGAUCUUGUCAAAAGCACACCCUUAAGCAUACCACUUCGACAUGCAACACAAACGCCGGAUACGCGACGAUGUCUGUUCACCAAAGAUCCACAAAAGACAUACAAAGACUUACUGAUAGCCAAAAAGAUUAAAGGUGUACACAAAGUUAUUGGUAUCUCCAAAUUAAAGAAGGAAUACGCAUCACCGGAAAAGAAGCGAGAGUUGUUCUCAGAAUAUGGCGCGUUUUUGACUGAUAAACGGAUUGCUCAUUUGUUACCACGGAUACUGGGCAAGGAGUUCUUUAAAAAGAGAAAAGAGCCUAUGCCGGUAGAUUUGACAAAGGAGGAUCUGCAAAAAGAAAUUCUGCGAGCAGUACGAUCAACGUAUAUGCAUUUCAACUAUGGCAAUUACUAUGCUAUCAAGAUUGCUACUACAGGACAAAGCGAUUUACAGGCAUUUGAAAACUGCAUUGAAGCAUUACCACAUAUUCUCAAGGGUGUAUAUGGUGGAUCCAAGAACAUCCGGUCACUGCAUAUCAAGACAUCCGAGUCAACGAGCUUGCCCGUAUACGAGGGUGGACAAAAGAACGAAGAAGAAGAAGAGCAAAUUGAAGACGAGGAAGAGGAAUGGGAAGAUUAUUAAUUAAUAAAAGUAAAUACAAGAACGGCAUAAAAAAUUGUUUGCGCGUCGGG